AUGGAUGUAGUUUUCCCUCGUGUUGAUCCAAACAGACAGCAGCACUAUCAAUAUGAUUCCUUUGUUGUCAACUGUGAGGGGCUGGAUGGGGUGAAUGGAUGGAAAGUGAUGAGGAAGAUCAAGGGAAACAUCACAAUAUGUGCUGCUCAAGAGAAGCCGUCAACGGGAUCCUGCAAAAUUAACCCUGCCUUUUCAUUAGACAGUGGAGAAUACUGGUGUGAGACUGGAGAAAAGAAAAGCAACACUGUCAACAUCACCGUCACUGCUGGUUCUGUGAUCUUGGAGAGUCCUGUCACCCCUGUGAUGGUGGGAGAUGCUGUGACUCUGCACUGUAGAAAUAAGAAGACCUUUAUCCUUAGAGCUUAUUUCUAUAAAGAUGGCGACCUUAUCGAGGGUAAUUCUGCAGGACACCUGACUCUCCGGAGUGUUUUUAAGUCUGAUGAAGGAUUUUACAAGUGCAGAAUCUCUCAAACUGAAGAAUCAGCAGAAAGCUGGCUUGCUGUCAGAAGGUUCCACAAAGACCUACAAUCAAAUGAUAAAUGCUGCUCUAAAAGCACCAUUCUACAGAUUGUUGGUAUCAUUUCAUUUGUGCUUCUGGUGUUGGUGUUGGGACUGCUUCACUGGAAGAAAGGUACCCUGAUCUCUUUUUGGCGAUCUCUUCUUGCACAAGCAGGUCGGCUGGCGUUUGCACGUGACAGAUGGAGCAGAUACUGAAUAAGG